AUGGCUGCUCGACAACCCCUCAUUGUCCCCGCAGUCAAGAGGCAUACAGCAACAGUCAUCAUGGCUCACGGCCUUGGUGAUUCUGGAGCUGGAUGGAUAUCUCUAGCGGAGAACUGGCGCCGUCGUCAAAAGUUUGAUGAAGUGAAGUUUAUCUUCCCAAACGCGCCUUCAAUCCCCAUCUCAGUCAACUUCGGCAUGCAAAUGCCAGGCUGGUACGACAUUACAACCUUUGAUGAUUUGCAAGAAGACCAGGACGAGAGCGGAAUCUUAAAAUCAAGAGAUUACUUCCACUCGCUCAUCAAAACCGAAAUCGACGCCGGCAUCCCCUCCAACCGAAUCGUCAUCGGCGGUUUCUCCCAAGGCGGCGCCAUGUCCAUAUUCUCCGGCAUAACCUCGCCCAACAAACUCGGCGGCAUCUUCGGUCUCUCCUGCUACCUGCUUCUUCACUACAAACUACAAUCCUUCCUCCCCAAAGACAACCCCAACAAAGACACGCCGAUUUUCAUGGGCCAUGGCGAUAGUGACCCUUUGGUGAAACCCGAGUGGGGACGUCGCUCCGUCGAGGCGUUGAAGAAGGAGGGCUGGGGUGUAGAGAUGAAGACUUAUAAGGGCUUGGAGCAUUCGGCUUGUCCUGAGGAGGUGGAUGAUGUGGAGAAGUACUUGGAUGCGAGGAUUCCUGAAGUGGGGGAUAAGCCGGGGCUGUGA